ACUAAUAAUUACGAAAAUAUAGAUUGACAAAAAAUUUAUUAAUUAUUUGAGUAAUGUUGGUUAAAACAAGUUGAUCAGCAUGUAAUAUUUCACUCAAUAAAUGUUUUAUUUAUGUCCGAAUUUUUUCUUGGGCCGUGUUUGACUUAAAUUUUUUGUCCCUUGUCCAGCGUUCACUUUUUGUUACGUCAUUAGUUACUGUUUUUGUUUGUACGGAAUUUGUGAGGUUUUUCAUCGAAGAAACGCAAGUUUUUAAAAAAGUGUGGUUAUAAUUGAGUGAAUUAUGUUUAUAAUGAUUAGAAGAGUAAAGUGUUUGUGUUGAAAUCGCAUAAAUCGCUUUGCAGGUUGGCCGCCAUCUCAAUAUGCCCCCAAGUGGUCCAUUUUCCGCCCCUUAGUCUCAAAACCCGGCCAAAUUAAUGCAAAUUUCUCGUAGUUAAAUGUUUGGUGGCCUGCUGUCAAAGUGGGCACUCAAUUUCGGCACGUUGUCAAAAUCAGACAGUGACACAACAACACAACACUUCCAGGAGUCAAAAAAUGGAGAUCGACGAGGACAGCUUAUGUGAAGACUCCGGUAACGAGACCAGCGGCGACGAUGUCGAUUUCAACGUGGAAGUGGAGAGCACAGCCAAAGACCCGCAGCCCUACGACGAGGAGUACCAAUACGAGGUGCUCUCCACCAGCGACAUUGUCCAAUACAUGUCCGACAUCAUCGACGAGGUGAACAACGUGGUGCAGCUGCCCCCCACGACCACGCGCAUCCUCCUCAACUACUUCAACUGGGACAAAGAGAAGCUAAUGGAGCGGUUCUUCGACGGCGACCAGGACGAGCUCUUCAAGGAGGCCAACGUGAUCAACCCCUUCAAGAGCGUCCCCAUGGCCACUCGCCCCAAGUUCUCGCUGAAAAUAAAAGGGACGGAGGAGUGCGACAUCUGCUUCAUGGUGUGCGCCCCCGCGCAUAUGACGGGCUUGGAGUGCGGUCACCGAUUUUGCUACCUGUGCUGGAACGAAUACCUCACCACGAAGAUUGUGGAGGAGGGCGUGGGCCAAACCAUCGCUUGCCCCGCCCUCAAUUGCCCCAUUCUGGUCGACGAUGAGACUGUUAUGAGACUAGUCAAGGAUUCCAGGGUUAAAAUUAAAUAUCAGCAUUUGAUUACUAAUAGUUUCAUCGAAUGCAACAGGCUGCUACGGUGGUGCCCCAGUCCCGACUGCAAUUACGCCGUCAAGGUGUCUUACGUGGACGCAAAACCCGUGACUUGCAUUUGUGGUCACGUGUUCUGUUUUUCGUGCGGGGAGAACUGGCACGACCCUGUCAAGUGCAGUUUGCUGAAGAAAUGGAUCAAAAAAUGCGACGAUGAUUCAGAGACGUCGAACUGGAUCUCUGCAAAUACGAAAGAGUGCCCCAAAUGCGGGGCUACUAUCGAGAAAGACGGCGGUUGUAACCACAUGGUGUGCAAGAACCAGAACUGCAAGGCCGAUUUCUGUUGGGUUUGUUUGGGUUCAUGGGAGCCUCAUGGUAGUUCAUGGUAUAAUUGUAAUAAAUAUGAUGAAGAUGAGGCUAAAGCGGCCCGAGAUGCCCAGGAAAGGUCACGUGCGGCUCUCCAACGCUACUUGUUUUAUUGCAACCGAUAUAUGAACCACAUGCAGUCGUUGAAAUUCGAGCACAAACUUUAUUCAUCUGUUAAGGAUAAGAUGGAGGAGAUGCAACAACACAAUAUGAGCUGGAUUGAGGUGCAGUUUUUGAAGAAGGCGGUGGAUAUUUUGUGUAAAUGCAGGCAGACGUUGAUGUAUACGUAUGUCUUUGCGUAUUAUUUGAAAAAGAAUAAUCAGUCUGUGAUAUUUGAAGACAACCAAAAGGAUUUAGAACGUGCCACGGAACUACUGAGUGAGUAUCUCGAGAGGGAUAUAACUCAGGAGAAUCUUGUUGAUAUUAAACAGAAAGUGCAGGAUAAGUAUAGGUACUGCGAUGGGAGGAGGAAAGCGCUGUUAGAUCACGUGCAUGAAGGCUACGAAAAGGAUUGGUGGGUUUGCAAGGAGGCCUAGGAUAAAGUUGCAAAUUGGGAUUUUUAAACAAUAAAGUUUUAUUUCUUAAAAAGGAGUUUCACUAACUGGUGCUUUUCUGAAUUGUUUAGAGUGCAGUGAUGGAAGAGUGUGGAAUAUGCUAUUUUUGUAAUUUGUAGAAACCAAUAAAUGCUACAUCUUAAUACCCCAA